AUGACAACAACUUGGCAGUCAACAGCGCUGGACCGCCUGAUGCUAUGCCAUCUUGCGCUUCACGAUGUUGGGACAGCAUUGGAGUAUGGCCGGAGGUCAAUUGCUAUGUCUACACAGCAGCCCGAUCCUACCGUGCGCGCCUUGUCCAGGUUCUACUACGGACUGGCUCUUCAUCACAGUGGUCGACCUGAGGAGGCCAUCGAAAUCUGGCAGCAAACUGGAAAGCAUGACAGCUGCACUGCAGCAAUAGCACUUUCCAAGGACCCAACCACAGAAAAUAUAGAACAUCUGCGAAUACUGGCAAAGCAUGAAGUGCGUUUCAGUCACCACGACGAAUACGGCCUAAGCGUUCUAGAUUAUAGCUUCCUAGGCGACAAUGAGCGUCUCAAAACUGUUGCGAUCGAGGGCCUUCGACGAGAAUUCAGUCAUCCUGAUGACAAUGGUCUUACUUUAGAGAUGUCCAGGAUCGAGGAACGAAUUGCGAACCUGCUUGUUGAGACUCAACGUCGAAAGAAAUAUAGAGAGACGUUUCAACUAACGUUGCGGCCCAUCUUGAAUAAACUUGCUGUGUCACUUCCUCUCGGGCUAUCAGAUGAUGAGGUGUAUAUCAAGGGACAUGCUCACCGCCAGGAAGGUAUAGACAGUUUGAGGCAAGGGUAUCUGAGACAACGAGAUAUGAGUUCAGAGACAUGCAGCUUGUUUGACAGGCUUGUAAUGCUCCGUUACCGCGACUUCAAGGAAGAGAUGACGCGUUUGCCUAGACCGCAUUCUGGAGACGAUAUGCAGGAGGUGAUGCACCUUCGUCGGCAGUACUCAGCAUUACGUGAUGUUACAGACAUGAAGGAGAAAGACACACAACCUGAGUUCCUGGUAUUCCUGUCUUACCGGUGGCUCGGCAAAGGCUCGCCGGAUGAUAGAACAAAUACGCAGUACCAGCGCAUGCUUGACGCAUUGGACCUAUAUCUCAGAAUGCACCCUUGGUUAGAUCAAGAUCGAGUAUCAGUCUGGCUUGAUGUCGUAUGCAUUGACCAGGUCGAUCUAGAAGUCAAACAACGCGGUAUCAAUGCGUUACCCUUGGUUGUCGCCCAAUGCAACGCCUUGAUCAGUAUCCUCGAUUCUGAGUACCUGUCCAGAGCAUGGUGCUCCGUCGAAGUGCUGAUGAUACAAACACUCCGCAACUCGUACGGCGUGCAUGAACACUGGAAUUACGACUACAAGACUGGGAUCCUGGCAGAAGCUGAGACGAUACCGCCAAUCAAUGAUGACUUGGAUGGCCUGAACUUGAGCUACCCUGAGGUUGAUGAGCCGACUGUUAAGUUUCUUGUGAGACAGAGUCGAAUAUUGGCAAAGACGUAGGCAUAUCUGGUAUAAAGUUGUAUGGCAAGGUUGGAAAGGACAUAUAUUCUGCUCCAAUCGCCAAGGGGUAUGUUGUUACGCAAUAUGUUUGUGAAGAAAAGAA